AUGACAACUUUCGUUUCUUUUAUAAUUCGACCGGCUAAGUGGGAUUCAAGUAGGACUUUGGUCCACCCGGCAGGAUAUCCCAUCGAAGCACCACCGAUAUUUUCAAUCACAACAUCUAAAGAACGGAAACCUAAUGUUGUUGCUUUUUCAGGCUGGGGAGCCGGCCCUUUUGACAUUAUUGGCGAUGGAAAUUUUCCAAAAUCAUUCCAUUCUACAUGCCACUUAACGCUCCGCGGACAGCCUCUAGAGAUGCGCCUGAGCCAAUCAGGAUCUGGGGAAUGCAAAUUCGAGCACCCAACGAUGGGUCAGAUGAAAUGGAAGCCAGACAUGUUUUCGUCAAGUAAGAUGGAACUUCGUGACGGUUCAGGCAGGCGAGUUGCAACGUUCGGCAAGGGAAAGUCGGGCGAAAAGACGCUGGAAAUUAUUCAAGGCGACCCAUACUUCAUGGAAUUAGUACUCAUCUCCGGAAUUACGGCGAUAAACCUCAACAAAGGGAUGACCGAAGUGGUCGGAGAAUUAUUGGGCGGUGUUCUAGGAGCAUAA